CCUAUCGAGUAUCGAGAAAACGCAUCUUCACUUCACAGGGAGAGCUUUUAUUUAUGUGUCUCCUUGCUUCGUCUUCUUCUUAAAACCCCUAAUUCUCACCUCUGAUUUAUUUUUGUUUCCUUCGUUAGUUUUUCUCAAAUUCGAUUCCGAAUUAGGCUCUGGGUUUUGCCCUAAUAUCCACGCACAACGCAGCAAUUUCUCCUAUGAAGAAUUCGCGAUAAGUUUCUGAUUUUGUUUGUGAGAUUGAGGAAUGGCCGCGGAAGCUGAGCGAGAGGAGGCUGAAGCAGUAGGAGUGGAGAGAACGGAGGUUGAGGCUGGGAGGGACAGAGAGGCGGUCGGAGGAGGUGCGGUAGAGGAGGUGGAAGUGGAGAAGGAAGAGGAGGAGGAUGCCAAAUUGGAGGGAGAGGGAGUCGCAUUGGAGAAAGCCGAGGUCGAAUUAGAGAGAGAAGAGAUCAAAGAGGAGACGGAGGAGGCUCUCACUGAGGCCAAGGCUGAGGUAGAGGCCGAGGCGGCGGAGUCGGAUUUGAAUGUGAAGGACAUGGUUGAUCAGAGCUUGGAGAGUAGUGAUGCGGCGGAGGAGGGGAAGGGGAGUGAAGCAGAGGUAGAGGAGGCGAAUGUGAGCGACUCGGUGGGUGAGAGUAAGGAGAGUGAAGCUGUGGAGGAGGAGAAGGAGGCUAUUGUGAGUGACAUGGUAGAUGAGACUGUUGAGAGUGAGGCGGUUGGGGAGGGGAAGGAAGCUGCGGCUGAGGGACCUGAGGCUAAUGUGGCUGUGAUGAGUGAUGAGAUUGUUGAGACUACUGCGGCGGAAGUGUCUGAGGUAGAGAGAGAUGAGGUAAAUCGGAACGAGGUGGUUAGUGAGGUUGUUGGGACUGAGGUAGCUGGGGAGGAGGGACAAGAAGCUGAAGUAGUGGGACGUGAGGAUAAUGUGGCCAUGGAGGCUGACGAGGCGGUGGAGGUGGGACAAGAGGCAGAAGUGAAGGGAGAUGAGGGGAAUUUGAAGGUGAAUGACGUGGUUGAAGAUGCUAUUGAGACUCAGGUGUCGGGGGAAGAGGAAAAAGAGGCUGGAGUAGAGGGACAGGAGUUGAAUGCGACAAUGACCGAUACACUUGCUGAGGCCAUUGAGACUGCGGCUGUGGAGAGGGCAGAUGUGAGUGAUGAUGUAAUGGAGGAGACAACGGAGGCAGGGGAGAAUGAGGCAGCAGAGGAAGGGGCAGAAGAAAUGGAGGCGGGCGAGAUGGGGGCAGCAGAGGAAGGAGCAGAAGAAAUGGAAGCGGACGAGAUGGGGGCAGCAGAGGAAGGAGCAGAAGAAAUGGAGGCGGAAGAGAUGGAGGCAGCAGAGGAGGAAGACUUAGAAGACAAUAAUACUGUUAGUGAUGGUGGAAAGAGGAAGCGCCGAAAAAGUUCUAAGGCGCCAUCCUCUGAAAGAGUCAUGUCGAAAAGGAAGGAAGAGGAUGUCUGCUUCAUUUGUUUUGAUGGGGGUGAGCUUGUGCUCUGUGACCGGAGGGGAUGUCCCAAGGCAUAUCAUCCUUCCUGUGUUAAUCGCGAUGAGGCGUUCUUUCGGUCCAAGGGUCGAUGGAAUUGUGGGUGGCACCUUUGUAGCAACUGUGAGAAGAAUGCUCAGUACAUGUGUUACACAUGCACCUUUUCACUGUGCAAGGCGUGUACCAAAGAUGCUGUUAUCUUUUGCGUUAAAGGAAACAAAGGCUUUUGCGAGACAUGCAUGAAAACUGUUAUGUUGAUUGAAAAGAAUGAGCAUGGAAACAAGGACAAGGAAGCAGUAGAUUUUGAUGAUAAAAGCAGCUGGGAGUACCUCUUCAAGGAUUAUUGGAUAGACUUAAAGGAGAGGUUAUCUCUAACGCUUAAAGAUCUUUCACAGGCCAAGAAUCCAUGGAAAGGAUCAGCUGUACAUGCUAAUAAACAUGGGUCACAUGAUGAACCUUAUGAUGCUAGUAAUAAUGGAGGGUCUGAUUCUGAUAAUUCUGAGAAUUUGGAUUUGACUAACUCUAAAAGAAGAAAGGGUAAAAAACGGCUGAAGACACGUGCGAAGGGUAAAAAUUCAUCAAGUCCAGCAAGUGGUUCUGGAGGCCGAUCUGCAGAUGAGUAUACAAACUGGGCAUCAAAAGAACUUUUGGAGUUUGUUAUGCAUAUGAGAAAGGGUGACAGUUCUGCUUUAUCUCAGUUUGAUGUUCAGGCUCUCCUGCUAGAAUAUAUAAAAAGGAACAAACUUCGUGACCCUCGCCGGAAAAGUCAGAUAAUCUGUGAUAUUAGGCUUCAAAGUUUAUUUGGAAAACCGCGUGUUGGGCAUUUCGAAAUGUUGAAGCUUCUUGAAUCUCACUUUUUUAUGAAAGAGGAUUCUCAGAUUGAUGAUCUUCAGGGAAGUGUUGUUGAUACUGAAGGUCAGUUGGAGGCUGAUGGGAAUUCUGAUACCCCGGCAAAAGCCAGCAAGGACAAGAAACGUAAACGUAAAAAGGGGGAACCUCAAUCUAAUGUUGAGGAUUUUGCAGCCAUUGAUAUUCACAACAUUAGUUUAAUUUACUUGAGGCGUAAUUUGGUGGAAGAUCUACUUGAAGAUUUGGACAACUUCCAGGAAAAGGCUGUUGGUUCUUUUGUCAGAAUUAGAAUUUCUGGUAGUGGUCAAAAGCAGGAUUUGUAUAGGCUGGUCCAAGUUAUAGGUACUUGCAAAGCUGCUGAGCCAUAUAAAGUUGGUAAAAGGAUGACCGACAUCUUACUAGAGAUUUUAAACUUAAACAAGACAGAGAUCGUUACAAUUGAUAUCAUCUCAAACCAAGACUUCACUGAGGAUGAAUGCAAACGACUGCGACAGAGCAUCAAAUGUGGACUUAUCAAUCGGCUGACCGUGGGUGACAUUCAAGGAAAAGCAGUUGUACUUCAACCGGUCAGAGUCAAAGAUUGGUUGGAAACGGAGACAGUGCGACUUCAACACCUUUGUGAUCGAGCUAGUGAAAAGGGUCGCCGGAAAGAGCUUAGAGAAUGUGUGGAGAAGCUGCAGCUUUUAAAGACCCCUGAGGAACGCCUGCGUAGACUGGAGGAAACUCUAGAAAUACAUGCAGAUCCAAAUAUGGAUCCAAAUUAUGAGUCCGAGGAAGAUGAAGAUGAAGGAGGUGAUAACAGACAAGAAAAUUAUAGCAGGCCAACAGGGUCUGUCUUUGGUAGGAAGGGGAGGGAGCCCAUUUCCCCACGAAGAGGUGGAUCUUCUUUAAAUGAUUCCUGGAGUGGAACAAGGAACUUUUCUAACAUGAAUCGUGACUUUGGCAGAAGCAUGUCUAGUAAAGGAAUGUUCAACAAAGCAGAGCCUACAACUGGAUCUGGUGAGAUUGUGAAUGAUACAUGGGGUCAAGGAAGAGAAACACCACAAACAAACCACUGGGAGAACAAACAAAAUAUAUCCAGUCUAGAAACAGGUGGUAGAAGUACACAGUCUGCGGUAACAUCUGACACGUCUCCUGCUGGUGCACCAGAAAAUAGAGUGGUACCUCUUUCCACGGGAGUGACCCACUCUGUGGCCAAUAUCAAUGAAACUGAAAAAAUAUGGCAUUAUCAGGAUCCGUCUGGGAAAGUCCAAGGGCCAUUUUCCAUGGUACAGCUGCGUAAAUGGCACAACACUGGCUAUUUUCCUUCCAACUUGAGAGUGUGGAAGAACACCGAUAAACAAGAAGAUGCUAUAUUAGUUUCUGAUGCAUUGGUGGGUAAGUUUCAGAAAGACCCCUCAAUGCCAAAGGCUCAAAUGGUGCAUGAUAUCCAUCUGACGCCUCCAAGUUCUGGAAAAGCUCAAGGAGCUCAAUCACAGCAGAGGUCAGAUAGCCAAGGAGCCAGCUGGGAAGCUCAUGAAAUUAAUUCAUCGAUAGGCAGGGGUACUCCAUCAUCAGUUGAGGUUCCAAAGUAUUCCUCAGAUGGGUGGGGUACGUCAAAUUUUCCUUCACCUACUCCAUCUCAAACUCCCAUUACUGGCGCAAAGAGGCAGGUUUAUGAAAAUAAUUGGUCAGCCAGUCCAGGAGGCAAUGCAGCAGUGCAAUCUCAAGCAGUUCUUACUCCAACCAGUCCUGGUAUGACUGCAGCACCUAAUUCUCUUCAAAUGCAUGGCCAAGGAACAGUGACUGGACCGGUAGUGGCCAAUGCCUCAAUGAAACCAUUACCUGAUGUGCAAAACAUUGUUUCAAAUCUGCAAAAUCUGGUUCAGUCAGUGACUAGUCGCACUACUACUAGUGAUAAUCGGACGUGGAGUUCUGGUACCGUACCUGGAAAUGAAUCUCAACCUUGGGGAGGUGCUCCAUCCCAAAAGAUAGAACCGAAUAAUGCUACUAAUGUCCCUGCCCAACAUCCAGCCCAUGGUUACUGGCCUUCUACUAACAAUGGUACCUCAUCUGUUAAUACAGGAAACUCAGCCGGAAAUUUCCCAGCACAAGGGUUCUCGGGUGUCCCAAACUCUGAUGCAUGGAGACCUCAAGUUCCCAGUAAUCAAUCAUACAUUCAGCCUCCGGCACAACCUCAGGUACCUUGGGGCUCAACUGUAUCUGAUAACCAAAGUGCCAUGCCAAGAAUGGGGCAGGAGAGUCAAAAUUCUGGAUGGGGGCCAGUGGCAGGAAAUCAAAACGCGGCCUGGGGAGGACCAGUACCAGGAAAUACAAACAUGAAUUGGGUUGGUCCCAGUCAGGGACCAGGAUGGUCUGCAUCUGGUCAAGGUCCAGUACGUGGAAACGCAGUUCCCAGUUGGGCUCCCCCACCUGGUCAAGGACCGCAAUCCGGAAGCGUUUGGGCCCCUCCAUCUGGUCAAGUGUCAGCUCUUGGGAAUCCAAAUUCUGGUUGGUCUGCUCCCACUGCAAAUCAACCUCAGAAUGGAGACAGGUUCUCAAAUCAAAGGGAUCACAGUUCUCACGGUGGAGAUUCUGGUUUUGGUGGGGGAAAGCCUUGGAAUAGGCAGCCAUCAUUUGGUGGUGGUGGUGGAGGAGGUUCUUCUAGACCUCCCGUCAAAGGGAGAGUGUGCAGGUACUACGAGAGUGGGCAUUGCAAAAAGGGCGCAGCUUGUGAUUAUCUCCACCCUGACCAGUAAAAGUUUUGGCACUCGUAGCAGCAGAGCAGUAAUACUGUACAGUAGUAUCUCCCACUGUGGAUUUUUUUUUUAAUUUUGUAUAAGCCUCUUCAUAUAUUAUAAUGGCGGCAGUUUAGUGUUUUGCUUAAUUUUCUUCCCCUUUUAGCGCGUAGAACCUUAAUUAUGAUAGAAAGUGUAGUUUUGGUAGAUUAGUGGAUGGUGAUUCAGAGGUGGGAUCAUCUUAAUACUAACUAGCCAUCUGUGUUUUUUCUUAAUGUUAAUUGACAUUCAAAGUUUGGGAGGGUGUUUAUGCCAUUUGAAACUGCAAAUUCC